AUGGUUUUUUUCUCUGCCAUGAUGGAGCUUCUCCACGGCUCGUCUCCAGCGAGCGUACGGAGCUCCGUGCCGGUCGACCUGAUGUCACCGAUCACGAGCCGAUACGUGGCCGAUGACCAACACACAGAACACACAGUCUACAUCCUGACAAUAUUGUCUCUCACCUUUGCUUCGGUCAGCGUCGUCUCGACAUUAUCCACCCUCUACUGGUUUGUCAAGAUGAGGCGAAGUUUCCGGCACGAGUUGAUCUUGUUGCUGGUCCAAAGUGACUUUGUCAAGUCCGCCGCCUUCGUUGUCUUUCCGCUUGUCAGCUUAUAUCAAGGGACCAUCGAGUCGGAUUCAGCUUUCUGCCAGUUCAGCGGCUUUGCCCUCGCCAUCGGCAUUGAAUCCUCAGAUGUCGCCAUUCUACUCAUUGCGCUGCAUUCCGUCAUGUAUAUAUUCCGACCGAAAUCCGGCCUCUACCCUUACCGACACUUGGCAUACUCGGUCUUUUACCUGUUUCCAGUUUCCACCGCUUGUUUGGCUUUUAUCAAUGGCAACGGGUUUGAGAAUGUGGGACACUACUGCUACCUCCGGACCGACAAUGGUUGGUCCAGGCUGGCACUGAGCUGGAUACCACGGUAUCUGAUAUGUGCCAGCAUCAUUGGUAUAUACGCUUUUAUUUACAUCUACAUCAGGAAGCGGAUGGACGACUAUGGGAGAAGGAGUUCCACUAGUCUGCCGCCUCCACGGCGAAUGAGCGGUGCGGAUCAAACAUAUCAGCAACCAGACGGACACCAGCGACAGCUCAGCUCCCCCGCAUUAACGCUACCGCGAAUCUCUUAUCACGGACUUAUUCCAUCGACACCCAGUUCGAAACGAACCUCUACUACUGACACGAUCAACCUCGUGAAGACGCGGCAAAUGUCCGCAUCCUCCGUCGGCACGUUGCGGGUGGAGGACACAGGAAACACCGAUGCGGGGGGCUCCCCGUCUAGAACACCGGUUUCUCAGCCCAGGCGGUCGAUCCAAUGGAACUGGGGCGGCUUCAACCAGGCAACCACAUCACCAGACGUGUCAAUCGACGACAUGCAUGACCCUCUGUCGGCGGUGGAUCCAGGCUUACCCUCACCGCCACCAGCGGCUCACGCGGCCUCUCCUGUCUCCGCCGUCCCAAUAGCAGGGCAACAGUCUCUCCGGCGCGCCACGGUGCUCGGCGAUCCAUACCCAGCAUCCUCACCGAGUGACACUUUCUUCGACCGACCCCUCUACGCGACCGCCCCCGGCAGUCUCGACCCUACCGGGGGGCAUUCUCGGUAUAGCACCAGCACCUCGAGAGCGACCAACAACAGCAAACGGGUCCUCUCCCUCCCUAACAUCUUUACUAUGCUCCGCCGCGGACCCUCCAACCGUUCCUCCGCCGCGGGCACACUUUUGUCGGGUGGAACUCGCACAACAACACAGACCAACACGGCGGGAAACUAUCCCGUGGGGGCGACCUACCUAAACGCCUCCACUCUAGCGUUUGAGCCCGCCGGCGGCAGCGACGUGAGCAAGAACCGGGAGAAAAUCCGCCGCCAAUUACGGUCACUUUUCGUAUAUCCUCUCGUGUACAUGAUCAUCUGGACCUUUCCCUUUGUGAGCCACGUCAUGGGGUAUGAUGACUCGGUCAAGAAGAACGACCCGCAGUGGUUGCUGAUUCUGGGGAUUUUGAGCCUGAGCGUGCAAGGAAUGGUGGACUGCAUGCUUUUUGCGGUGAGGGAGCAGCCGUGGAGGCAUGCGAGUGGACGAAAGGUGGGGGAGGUGGUGAGGAAGCGGUUGGGGUAUUAUUUUGGGUGGGCGGGGAGUAGCACGAAGGCCGGGGGGGGGACCACGGCGGGCAGAACGAGGGAAGAAAUGCUGGUGGAUGGGAGGUUGGCGAGGGAAAGGAGGGAAGGGGAGAUUUUGAGUGAGAGGCGGGCUAUAAAUAGGGGGGUUAGGGCGGUUCAUGCACGGGAGAGGGAGUGGUGGGAUGUGGAUUUGGAGAGGAUAGGGAUAGAUAGUGAUGAGGAGGAAGACGAGCCGGAGGGGGAAGAGAUGACGGCGAAGUCAACACCGAUGAGGGUUCAUUCUGGAAGGAGAAGGGAAAGAGGGGAGAGGAGUCAAAGUGCUGCGGUUUGA